AUGUGUGAAAGGUACGUAGCGUACGGAGACCAAUUUGCGAUGUAUGAGCCGAUGCUAGCAUAUCACUGCUACGAAUUUGCUUUCCAAUUUGGUGUGAAAACAGACGAGGUGAACUAUAAGAAGACGCAAAUUCGACAACAGAUGGGGGGCAUUUUAGACGAUCGAGCAAUUCAAAUUGAAUAUAUCAAAGAGGCGGUCAAAAAAAAUUAUGUUUUGGGCCAACAAGUCUUUAACACUAAUAAAGAGAACUCUAAACCUAUCUUUUUACUUGUAGUCGACUUGAUCGAUUUGUUAAGUGCAUUCAUCCCACUUCCUCCAGAAAUGAUUCAAGUCAAAACAUUCAUUGUAACCUCAAGAUUCAUUCCCGAUGGUACUCAUUUGGUCAAACCUUUAGAACAACAAAGGCAACAACAAUCCUAUCAACAACAACAAUACCAACAACCUCAACAACAACAGAAAAACUUAUUCCCAACACCUCAACAAAGGCAACAACCUCAACAAAAUCUUUUCCCUUCUCCUCAACAACAAAACGUCCAUCAACAACAAAAUCUCUUCCCAGUGCCGCAACAACAACAAACUCAACAACAGAGCACAUCUGUUCCUCAACAAAAAUUCCCAAUACCUCAAAAACAAACUGCUCAACAACAAAACCUCUUCCCAGUGCCCCAACAACAAUUCGUAACACCUCAAAAACAACAAAACGUUCAAGAAAACAAUCCUACAAUCCAACAAGGUAACCAAAUCAAACAGAAUCAACCAAGUAACACAUCCCCUCUACCAGAAAAUAAAGUUAAUGCUACUUUAUUCCCUCAACCGCAAGUAAAACAUCAGGAGAAACAACAACAAGUUCUUCCACAAAGCACUCAGAACAAUAUAUAUACACCACCUACACAACACCAACAAAAUAUGUUCCCAACACCACAAAUAACACAACCGGAAAUAACUCAACAACCAAUACAAGAAGCAAAUGUGUACACCGACUCUCCUUUGCAACAACAAUGUAUCCAAAACAACCCAAUUCUGAAGAAACCCGCACACGUCAAGAAAGACGUGUCUGUUGAUGAUAUCAUUAACGCUUGGGCGAUUCUUAUUAAGGUGAAGGACUCUAUGCAGGUCGGCUCGUAUGAUAGGGCAAAAUCAAAGAUCGAAGAGGCGCUUAAAAUACUCGAGCAAUAA